UGUGUGUGUAAGAGAGUUUCUACUAUUUGCCCAAGAGUGUGUUUGUGUGUGUUUGUGUGUGUAUGAAGCAUUCACUUCCUAAGCAGUUCAAGGAAAUCGAAAGAAACCUCCAGCCCUUGUUCUGUGCAAGACUUCACUUCCUUUUUCGGGCUGACUGUUUUUUUGCCACCCAGCUGGCAGGAAGAAGAGAGAAAUGAGGAGGAACGCAGAGCUUUGGGGCUGAUAAAAUUUCCGCCUCCUGCUCACCAGACCCAGCUCAGCCCCGGCAGGGAGGCCGCCGCCCCAGCCUUCAAGUUUGGUCAAAUUUACGAUGCCGGCUUAUUCUGCAGCAUUUCAAAUAUUUGCCCUAGAAGACGUCAUACAUUUAGGUUUCCUGGCGUCCCACCUUUGAUAAAAGUUCGGGGAGCUGUGCCCUUCCUCCGCUGGGCCACCCAUAACAUGCCCUUCAAUUUGGACCCGGCUUCACGCAGGAUGGCAGGGACUUCCCAGGCAGAUCGAGGCUUUGAAGGGAUCCUCCAGAUCCUAAAUGGGAUCCCAGCAGAGAGACUGAUUCAAUACAGGCACAAGCUGAGCUGCUCGCACGAAGACCGGAAAAGCUGCCAUCUCCUGCACGUCAUGAUCCUGUGGUCCUUGGGCAGAGACGGUGAGGCCAGGGUGCAUCUCAACAGCUUCAGGGACGACGUGGUAGCCCACCAUCUCUCCCAAAGCCUCUGGGGCACGGAUGGAACAAAGAGGACAACCCUGGAGCAACUCCAGAAGGACCAUGCCAAGGUGGCCCAAUCCGUGGCAGAGAUCUACUCACUCUUGGUUGACGAGAAGCUCUGCGACCCCCUGGCCAGAGACGAGGCCUACAGAGAAGCUGUCCGAGCCUUUCGAGCAAGCCACCUAGGAGGAGCCCAACUCAAAGGUCUCUUGGAUGAAGCUAUGGAGAAGUGUGGACUGCAGUUCAUCUCAACGGUGCCCAGGGAUAAUUUCGGAGUUCUGGCCUCAGGUAGAUGGGAGUUGACUCCGGCCAGAAGAAGCAGUCCUGUGUCAAUCGGCGGCUCUUCUCCUCCUGAUAACCCUCAGUCUUUACGUUCUACAGGUAGCCCCGUCUCCUACAUCAGCAGUCUUAAGAUCAGCGAGAGUUCAAUAACCUCUGACAGCCCAUCCAGCACAGGAGGGUCCUUGUCUCUACCACCAACCGGCCAAGGAGAAGACAUCAGCUCUAUGUCGUUGGUCAACAGCUGCUCCACCAAUUCAAGAAAACCAUCUCUACCAAAUUCCAGAGGUCCCUAUUUACCGCCUGACUCCAAAAUCACACUCUCCCCCAUGGCAUCUGCCCAGGGCCUGCCAACCCGAAAACCAGCACCAUCAGGAGAUCUGACUUGCACCUUUCAGGCCCCAUCUACGCAGAAGCUGGGUUCAGCAUCUUCUGCAGAAGGUGGUCCACCCCAUUCUUCUUCUUCUCCAGCACCAAUCACGAGUAUUGGACCUCUGCUAUCUUCUUCUUCUUCUACUUCGGAUCUUGCCUCUUGUAGCUCAGAACCUUCUUCUUCGAUGGCCCCACCAGAUGAUGAAAGGCAGUUCUACACCUUCGUGGUCCUGCACGCCGCAGAAGACGAGCUAGUGGCUUGCCGGGUGAAGGAACGCUUGGAGGCCUUGGGUGUCUCCAACGGGGCCACCUUCAGCGAAGAUUUCCUCAUCCCUGGGUGUGGUCAACUCAACUGUUUCCAAAAUGCAUUGGACAACUCGGCCUUCACGCUCGUACUCCUGACAAGGAACUUCACGGGACGCCUUUGUGACUAUCAACGCGAUACGGCCUUGAUGGACUCCCUCACCCGCUGUUGCAAGAGGAACUCGGUGAUUCCGUUUGUGCCCAAGGAACACUCACAAAAUUUCGGGGAAAUGCCCCUCCUGCUCGCUUCGCUGGUGCCCUUGCGUGAAAACUCUCCCGUGUUUGAGAAGAGGGUGAAGAAGACCUUCACACCAAAGGUGAUCCGGGAGAUGAAAGCCACCUGGGACUUCAUGAGACAGAUCCAGGAAAGGGAGGAGGAGAGAGAACGAGAACGAGAAAACUUGAGGCUACAGCAACAUUUCGCUCUCCUCAAUCUUCAGUCACGAAUUCGACCACCGGUGGUGGACAUGUCAAGAACGGAAGCCCAAGCAGGCGAUGACACUCAAGUCUUUCCUCCUCCUGCAACAUCCUUCGUGAAACUGGGGCUCGAGCAGGCUUCCUUCUCCCACCCGUUCCUGUCCUCGGUGGGUUCUUCAAAUGUAAUGUUGGGCCCCCAACUCAUCAUUCAGAAUGCCCAGAUGAUUCAGAUCGGCGACUAUAACCGCAUGCAGGUGGAAAGAAGCAACGUAACGGUUGACACAGCCAAUGAGACCAUUGAGAGGGCACCGACGGCGGAAAAGGAGGACAAUCCCAGAGAAUGGAAACGAGAUGAAUGAAAGGAGACGGCAGAAAAAUGACUUAAAUUUCCUAAUCAGAAACAUCAAUGAUCUUGUCGAGGGAAGGGGCUACUUUGAUGUGUGACGUUGUGCGAAGAUGUAGGGGACAACGAGAACUGGGACCUUGAAUGGAGGAGCAGCACAGGAGGACCUGAAGUCCACCCGAGCUUCAAGGGUGACCAUCUCCUCUUUGCAAUCCCCCAACAAGGACUCCUAAAGGACAAAAUGCGUGACAGGUAGUGCUUGACUUACAACCAUUCGUUUAGUGACUGUUCAGUUACCAGGAAGAAAAGCGACCAUUUUCCACACUUAUGACUGUUGCAAUAUGGCUGUGGUCAUGUGAUCAAAAUUUGGACACUUGGUCACUGGUUCCUAUUCAUGACGGUUGCGGUGUCCCAAGGCCACGUGAUCCCCUUUUGCGACCUUCCGAGAAGCAAAGCCAAUGGGGAAACCAGAUUCACUUAACGACCACAUUGCUAACUUAACAACUGCAGUCACAUAACAAGUGUGGCAAGCAAGGUCGUAAAAUGGGGUAAAACUCACUUAACAACCGUCUUGCUCAGCAAGGGAAAUGUUGACCUCAGUCGUGGUCCCAUGUCAAGGACUCCAUUUUUUAAUUUUGUAAUUUGGGAGAGUUUUGAGUUCCUUCAGUGCUCUUUAGAAAAGAUGGAGAGGGGCGCCAUUUUGCUCUUUUUUGAAACCCAGCCAAGACUUCAAAAGGGAUGAAUCUCAAAGGACAGAGAUAAGAGAGCACCCAUUUCUUUCAAAUCACACCCUGAUUUAACUUGACUGACAAUUCUGGGAUGGGUACUUACGGGACCGCCUGCUGCUACCUCAUGCCUCCCACCGACCCGUACGCUCACAGAGAGGGUCUUCUCAGGGUGCCGUCCGCCAAGCAAUGUCGGCUGGUGGCCCCCAGGGGAAGAUCCUUCUCUGUGGGGGCUCCUACUCUCUGGAACGAACUUCCCCCUGGUUUACGCCAAAUAUCUGACCUUCGGACCUUCUGCCGCGAAUUGAAAACACAUUUGCUUAUUCGCGCGGGGCUGGUUUAAGUUUUUUUUCUUAAACUGUCUAGAUUUUAAAUUUUAAAUUUUAUUUGUUUUAAAUUGGGGUUUUUAGAUUUUAAAUAUUUUAACAUGUCGGCCAAUUGUAUAAUAAGUUUCUUAAAUUUAGUUUUUAAUUGUACAUUGUUUAUGUUUUAUCCUGGCUGUACACUGCCCUGAGUCCUUCAGAAGGGCGGUUUAGAAAUCCAAUAAAUAAUAAUAAUAAUAA